AUGCUUACGCGCCAACCAAUCAGAACAACGGAGGCAGUCCAUUCAUGUUUGCACCAAGUCACCUCGUGUCUAGAACACCCUCUCUUACACCAAUGUUACUCUCGUUCCUCUCUCUUCUUCAAACAGACUUCUCUCUUUCUUUUUUUUUUUUUUAAAUCUUUUUGCUUCUUUAUCUCUCUUCCUCUUUGCACCGAACGAUUCCACGCAGUCGCUUCUUAUCAGGAAGUUAAUAUUUAUGACAAUUCACAUGAGAGUAAUGGUCUUCGAACUUGUCACCCAGACCGUUACGGAUAUGGCAAGUUCGAGCUGAGUAUGUCCUUCAAUUUUGUAGCCCUCUUCUGGGAUAGUUUCGAAGAGGAAACUAAAUUGAAUUACGUUUUCUAUCUUCUCUUUCUUUCUUUCUUUCUUUCUUUCUUUCUUUCUUUCUUUCUUUCUUGUUUCUCUAUCUAUCUAUCUAUCUAUCUAUCUAUCUAUCUAUCUAUCUAUCUAUCUCAGUCUAUUCAUUAUCUACCCAUCUCUGUUCACAUCUAUCUAUCUAUCUAUCUAUCUAUCUAUCUUAACCAUUUCUUUCUUUUUUUUCUAUAUCAUUUUGUUCAUCUAACAACCUUUUCCUUCUUUCUUUCUUUCUUUCUUUCUUUGGUUUUCAUUGUGUAUCAUUUGAUAUCUCUCAUUCACUCAAUCAUUUUCCCUAGAAGUCAUAAUCCUACUUAA